UGACUGCUGGCUGGGAACUCCCCGUCUGGGGUUGCCUGAUACCUGUGAAGGUGACAUUAAAGGCCAGACUGCAUCAAGAGCCCUGGUCCCCCAGUCUCGCCCUGGGUGAAUGUAUCAAGGACCCUGGGUGAUGGAGAAUUAGGAUACAGAAUCCAUUUAAACUUAUCUACCCUGCCCUCAUGGAAGACUGGAUCAAGAUGUGGCCUGUCCGCACUAUGGAAUGCCACGCACACAUGAGCGGAAGUACCUAAUAGGAAGAAAGAGAUCAAGCAGAUGGCAGCUACCAUCACCCCAUUGUACACGGGGGCAGCUCAAUCUCUUCACUGCAGAAGACAGGGCGCUGAGUGGGAGCCAGUGAGGGCCCUGCUGUCUGAGCACCGCAGCUGCAGGGACCCUCGGUGCUGUGGCAACCUGCUCGUCCUCUUCCUCUUUGUGAUCUGGCAAGUCCGGCACUAUUGGCACUAUUGGACCCAUCCAAGAAUGAAGAAGACCAUAAAGGUGCCACCGCAGAAGUGGGCCAAGCCCUCCAUGGGAUGUAACCCUUGUUUGGAGCUGACCCCUGAAUUCCUCCUUAGUCCUGGCAAGCUCAGGGGCCCGAAUGCUCAUGUCCAGCCAUGCACACAGAAGAAGAGAUGGGACAACCAGAGGCGCCUCCAGCAAUCAUGGACCCAAUACCUGCUGUCUUGGCAGCACCCACGGCAGGGACUGUCUUGGGAUGUCCUCAGUGCUGCUGAGUCCACCUCUUUUUCCUCCUUUUCAAGCACCUGUAUGCUCCAUCAGGAUAGUUCUUGGGAAGCAUGGCAGAUACCCUGGUGUCGCCAUAAUGAUCAGAUUAGCAAGCCGGACAAGCACCAAGGGCUGCAGCAGCUGUUUGUCCACUCCCAGGAAGAGCCAGUGUCAGUGGGGCCUGCUGUCAGUCUGCAGCCCCACCCUGUCUCUGUGACUUCAGCCACCUCCUUGCCAAAACUCCCUUCCACUCGGAGGCUGCAGUUCUGUUCCAGAAAGCUACUGCUUGUUCCUUCAGCCCGACAGAAGGGAAUGCCCACCAGAGUGCGCUGGCGCUGUCCCCAAGAGGUCUGGGCAUCAGGGAGGGAAAGUCAGACACGAAGAAGAGAAGAUAACAGACCCACCUGGGCUCUAGGGUGGGCGAGGCAGAGAGACAACAGAGAAGCGAAGGCCUGGGCGGUCCAGGCAUCUGGAUGGCAGCUCCCGAUAGACUUUGGAAUGAAGGAUGAUGCAGAGACCACAGCCCUGGAGGUGGGAAAUAGGAGACCAGCGAUAAGCCAAACUGAUGCAGGGAACCUGAUACCGGGACAGGAGAAGCAAGGCCCGAUGGGGGUCGCGAGUAGAGCCAACCUUCAGGAACUAGGGGAGGGAAACCAGAGGGAGGCUGUGGGAGAGAAUCUUUCCGAAACCCAGGCUUCCAGAGGCGAGGACCAGGAACAGUUCAGAUGUAAAACUGAUGCAGUGACCCAAACACCGGCGUGGGGGAACCUGGACAAGAGCAGUAGUGGGGAUGCUGUUGAGCCCCUGGCAUUAGGGAAGAAUAAGAACGAGGACAGAGGGGAGGACGAGGGAGAGACCCAGGCCCGAGGAUCGGGGAGCCAGGGUCAGACAGGCAGUGAGAGCGGUGAGGAGACCCGGGUGCCAGGAUGGGCAAAACAAGACCAGAUCAGAGGUGACAGCAGUGCAGACGCUCGGGCAGAGAGGAGCGCCCAGGACCAGGCUGGAGGUGAAAGUGUGAAGCAAAUCCAGGCAUCUGAGAGGGAGGACCUGGAAGAAGUGAAAGAAGAGGGGGAUAAAGAGACCCAGGCCCUGGGGUGGGGAGAACAGGACUGUGUUGGAGGUGAGGCUCUUGCAGAGAUUCCGACAACAGGGUGGGAGAAGCAGGGUCAAGAUGGACGUGAGAACCCUGGGGAGACCCGACCCUCUGGGGGAGAGAUCCAGAAACAACUAAGUCAUGCAGUUCAGGUGGGGUGGGGAGCCCACAGCCCGCGAAGAGGCGAGGGUGCUGGGGAAACCCAGACACCUGCAAGGAAGCCGCUCAGGGAGGUAAGGCAGGAGGACUGGGUGGUGAUGGAGGUGCUGUGGUGGGGAGACCAGAGACCGGUCAUAAAUGAGAUUGUCAGGGAAUUUGAGACACCGCCGCGGGGGAAGAGCGGCCGGAGUGGAGGUGAACACAGGGCAGACAUUCAGGUGCCGGGGAAGGGGGCCCAGAAGGGAGACGGGAGCGGGAGCCGCACAAACACCCUGGCCCCAGAGGCAGGGAGGCAGGGACAGCACGUCGAGACCCCUCCGCCAGGCAGGAGGCCCCGUGAACGGCUCGAAAAGGAGCAGCUUGAAAAUGAGAGUAGCACAGACACUGAAGCAUCGGGACAGAGGAAGCCGGGAGGGCUCAGAGGUGGAGACAGCGAGGACGCCCGGGGACCUGGGGAAGGAAAGCAGGGGCAGUGGGGCGGUGAAGUUAGUGGAGUUGUUUACACACCGAAGCGGCAGAAGCACGGAUGCAGAAGUAGCCAAGAUGGUGCUGAUACCCGGGCGUCUGAGGCGGAGAACUGGGGAAAAGUACUAAGUGAAAUCAAUGGAGGAACUCAUGUGAUGGAGUGGAAGAAAGAGGAGCAGGCUGGAGGUGAGGAUGGUGCAGAAAUUCAAGCUCCGGGGAAGGGCCGGCGGAGAGAAGGCGGAGGCGAGGAGGACACAGGGCCCUGCGCAGCUGGGGAAGGAAAGCAGAGUCAGUUGAGAGGUGAUAUCGAUGGGAAGACCCGCUUGUCAGAAUGCGGGAACCGGGAGCAGAUGGGAGGUGAGAAUGGCGCAGAAAUUGAGGCACCAGAGAAGAGAAACUGGAGAGAACUUGGAGAUGGGGAUGAUGUGGAGACUCGGAGACUUGGGAGAGAGAACCAGAGACAGUCAGGUGGUAAAACUGGGGCGAGUCUUUCACCAGGGAGGAGGCACUGGGAGCAGACUGGACACAACAACGUUGCAGAAAACCAAACAUCAGAGAAGACAAAUGAGAGAGAGGUUGGCAGUGAGGAUGGUAGAAACAUCCAGAAACUUAGAGGAGUGAGCCAGAGGCUGUUACAAAAUAAGGUUAAUGGAAAUACCUGUUCGUCAGAGUGGCAGAACCAGGAGCAGAAGGGAGGUGAGGAUGAUGCAGAGAUUCCAGCACAAGGAGACAGAAGCCAAAGUGGGACCAGAGGUGGUGGCGGCAGUGAGACCCAGGCUCCCGGGGAAGAUGAGCAGAAACAGUUAAGAAGUGAAACUGAUGCAGAGAUGCAGACACAAGGACAAGGAAACCAGAACAACGAUGGAUAUGAGGAUGCUGCAAAACUCCCGGAUGUAGAGGGCCAGAGAAUGUGCAGAUCUGAGGAUGCUGGAGGAAGGGGAGGGAACAAAGACCAGAGCAGAGGAACAGAGGCUGCUAGAACCAAUCUUCAAGUUGACAGUCCUGGGGGUAAGGGAACCCCCGCUCUUUCUGACUCUGGACACAAGGUGAUGGUACAGGAAGAGGCAGUGGCCUCUGCUUCCUGUCCUGAGAUAAAGCCUCUUCCCAGCCAGGAGGCAGUCAUCCCACUCGCCAAUGGGGAGCAAGAGCAUCUGGCCAGCCAGAGCUUGGCCCCCUCCCUUCCUGGAGUGGAGGUCCCUGCAGCCUCCCGGCAGGCCCGACCCAAACCCCAGAGAAGGCGACAAAGGGACAAAGAGGUGGACCCAGCGGAGGCCUCCAGUCCGAUGGGGCAGCUCCAGAACCCACAGUCUCUGGCUGCUCCCCUAGGCCUGCCCUCUGCCUGCCCCUCUGUCUCAUGUGACCAAGCCCCCCAAGCUGCCACAGCUCUGGUGGGUGUUCCCCCUGCCCCCACUGUACUGUCCAAGAAGUGGCCAGUCCUCAAGAAGAGCCAACGACUGCUGCUGGAGUCCCUCAUGCGGCGGAAGAUGGCGCACCUGCACUGGGGCCUCCCGCAGCGGAUCCUGACGUCUCAUUUGCUCUCUGACUUCAAAGGACUCCACUCACUGCCCCUUGCAGGGAUGAAGCUCCCUGUAGGAGAGGGCAGGGAGCUCCCAGGGCAGCAGGGGGCCCAGGGUUCCAGGCCAGGUCCAGAGAAGCCCCAGAGGCCUCCGCCCCCAGUAAGAAAAAACUCAAAACUUCCGACUCCAGUCAGAACUCCUGAGAUGUGUGGGCCACACAGGUCCCAGUCCAAUGGCAUCUCCAUGUGCCCUGAAAAGCCCAGGAGAUCGCAGCCACCAGGGGGCCCCAGAGAACCACAGGAUGCCCAGGCAGAGGCUCCCCCUAGGGCCUGGCUCCAGGAUCCCCCUGAAUCUAGGAGCUGCAGAGUACCAGAAAGGGCCCGAGAGCUCUCCAGUGAGAACCGCAGGGGCAGGAAACUGUUCAGGCCAGGCACCUCCCACUUGGCAGAGCAGGCUCCCAGCAGAGUGAGGGCUUCAUACUGCAGGACAUGCCGUGACUCCCAGGAGGGCGCGUGCCGGCCCCCAAAGCCCUUGAAGCCUUCCCGACUUGGGAGAAGAGGCAGCCUGGAGCGUGUGGGGAGCAGAGGAAAUGGGCAGCAGCCUUGCACCUGUUCCUCCACCACUGACAGCUUCAAAGGGAGUCUCUACUCCGCUGCAGCUGGGGUGGGCAGGACCUUGCUGAACAAGAUCGCGGGGAGCCCUCAUCUGGCCAGGCCCCAGCACUCAGCCCCCAGUCUGAGUCUGAGGGAUCCUGGUCGUGCGUCGCUGCCCAAAGCGGGUGACUCACAUGUAGGAGCAGACAGUGUGAGAGUCCACACUUUGAAGACGGACCCUCACCCUUCAGAUCCCUGCUGUGCUGGUGCUGCUCUUCCCAAGACAGAGGGUCCCCAGGGCCAAGGGGCUCCUGAGAAUCCAAAUGGGGUCCCACAGAAUCCAUCAGCUCCCCGUAGGUUUGGUUUUGUGAAGCAUGUUAGGUGUUUUCUGCAUCAGCAUGGCUUCAGAAAGUAGACUGUGGGCCCAGAGUCCUCAGAACAAGUCAGAGAAGGCAUGAGAGUGGCCUGUUUACCCCCAAAGCCUCUAAUAAAAUUGGUUGUGUGGCCC